UUAUUUUCUAUUUGUUCUUUGAGUUUUUUUUCUUUGUUUAUUUCGAGAACUAUAAUUUUUAUUUUAGGUAUUUAUUAUUUAAUAAUUGAUUAUAGAGUUUUUGUUGAGUGAGAGCUUUUCAAUUUAAAUGGUUCUAUAGUUGUUAUAACUUUAAUUUUGGAUUGAAUAUCUCUUAUUUUUAUAUCUUUUGUUAUAUAUAUUUCUUCUUUGGUUAUUUAUUAUAGAGAGGAUUAUAUAUCUGGUGAAAAGAAUAUAAAUCGUUUUAUUAUUAUUGUUUUAAUAUUUAUUCUUUCUAUAGGUUUUUUAAUUAUUAGUCCUAAUUUAAUUAGAAUUUUAUUAGGUUGAGAUGGUUUAGGUUUAGUUUCUUAUUGUUUAGUUAUUUAUUAUCAAAAUGUAAAAUCUUAUAGUGCUGGUAUAUUAACUGCACUUUCUAAUCGUAUUGGUGAUGUUGCUAUUUUAAUUUCUAUUGCAUGAAUGUUAAUUUUGGUGGUUGAAAUUAUAUUUAUUAUUAUGAUUUUAUUUCUAAUUCUUUUGAAAUAAAGCUCAUUACUAUAUUAAUUGUUUUAGCAGCUAUAACUAAGAGAGCUCAGAUUCCUUUCUCUUCAUGACUUCCUGCUGCUAUAGCAGCUCCUACUCCUGUUUCUGCUUUAGUUCAUUCUUCUACUCUUGUUACUGCUGGUGUUUAUUUAUUAAUUCGUUUUAGACCAAUAUUGGAUACUUAUAAUUGUGGUUGAUUUUUACUUUUAAUUGGUUGUAUAACUAUAUUUAUGGCUGGAUUGGGCGCUAAUUUUGAGUUUGAUUUAAAGAAGAUUAUUGCUCUUUCUACUUUAAGACAACCUGGUUUAAUAAUAAGAAUUUUGGCUAUAGGUUAUCCAAAGCUUGCAUUUUUUCAUUUAUUGGCUCAUGCUUUAUUUAAGGCAUUAUUAUUUAUAUGUGCAGGUUCAAUAAUUCAUAAUUUGAAGGAUUCUCAGGAUAUUCGUUUUAUAGGAUCAAUUGUUAAUUUCAUACCUUUAACUUCAGUUUGUUUUAAUGUUUCUAGUUUAUCUUUGUGUGGAAUACCUUUUUUAGCGGGAUUUUAUUCAAAGGAUUUAAUUCUUGAGAUGGUUUGUUUAAGAUGAAUUAAUUGUUUAAUUUUUUUCUUUAUU